AUGGGGCAUGUGAAAGUAGGUAGCGAGUGGGGUGAAGGGAAGGGAUGUCUAGAUAGAGAUUCUGAAGACGUAGGAGGAGGCGAGGGUGGAGGAGCAGCAGGCAAUGUGUGUGGCCCUGCAGCAGCAGCAGAUGUGGACCGACCACUCCUGGUGCUCGCAGGGCUGAGAAGCGGCAAGGAUAGUCCUCUCGCAUCCUGCAUCUGCACCAUGUGGGUGUGUCGUUAUCAGCAGGCACCUCAAAACUCCUUCCACUUCCUCUCUCUCUUCCCCUCCUCCACCUCCUCUCUCCCUUUCCCCCCUUUCUCGCUCAUUCCCCCCUUCCUCCAGACCUCGACCAUGGUAGCUCGAAUUCUUCAUCUCCUCCACGUGGGUGUGCCAGCCAAUCGCAUCCUCGCAAUGACCUUCACCACAGCAGCAGCCAAUGAGAUGCGUGAACGCGUGCUGGCCAGCCAAGGGAGGCGGUCGGCAGGCAAGAAGACUGGGGCAACUGGGAAAGGAAGGAGAGAAAACAAGGGAGGGGCGAGAAGUAUGGUUGACAAGGAAGGAAAGGAGGAUGAGGAAGAGAACGGAGGGAAGGAAGGGAAGGAAGGGAAGGAGGAGGAGGGAGAGGAGGGAGUGACAGGGGAAGUGGCAGUGAGCACUUUCCAUUCGCUGUGCCUGCAGCUGUGCAGGAGCCAUGCUGACAAGUUUGGGCGCACAGCGGAUUUUCUUGUGCUUGGGCACAAGCAGCAGAGGAAGCCAUCUCUCCUCAGUAGCCCACCUAUUGUCUCUGCCUUUCCCGCCCUCUCCUCCUGUCUGCACCCACUAACCAACCCCCUCUGCUCACUCAUGUUUGGGCGCACGGCGGAUUUCCUUGUGUUUGGGCACAAGCAGCAGCGGAGAGCCAUUACAGAGGCUGUUCGACUGGCGCUGGGGGAUGGGGGGGAUAGCGUCGGGAUAGGGGAGAAGGGCGAGAAGGGCGAGAAAGGGGAGAAAGGGGAGAAGAGGGAGGGAGAAGCGAGCAGGGGAGAGUGGGGUGUGUGGAAGCAGCGGAGAGAGGACAGGCAAGUUGGUCGAGACUGUAAUGGAAGGGCAUUUGCAGCAGCUGGAGGUGCAGGGACAGCGGGCGUGGGAGGGUCAGGCAGGUGGGCAGAGAAGGGGAAUAAGGAGAAUGAAGAAGGGAAGGGAGGAGGGAACAAGGGAGAGAGUGUGGAGGAGAGGGUGGGGAGGGAGGUGGAGGAGUUGAAGAGGAGCCGAGCAGCAGCAGCGAAAUGGGUCAAGUUCGUUGUGAGGGCCAAGGCAGCAGGUCAGACAGCAGAGACUUUUGAAGCUCGGGGCAACCAGGAAGCAGCCCGUGUCUUGCGAGCAUAUGCAUCUGUGCUGGAGAAAUGCAAUGCGGUGGACUAUCAUGACUUCAUCCUACUAUCAACCAUGCUGCUCACACAGCAUGCUGACGGAAUGCACGUCGUCAGCAUGGACGCGCGUACUGGUGGACGAGUUUCAAGACACCUCGACCAGUUUCACCUGCAGCAAUCACUCCCUUGCACCACUUUCUCCUCCUCUAUUCCAGUGCUGCAGGAGUGCAUGUCGUCAGGAUGGACGCGCGUGCUGGUGGACGAGUUUCAAGACAGCUCCCGCAUCCUUUCUGCGUCCACGAGGGUUGCAGCCACACCGUGCAUCCCUUUUUCUCCCCUCUUUCGCCCCUCCUAUGCUGCUGCAGUGCUGCAGGAGUGCACGGCAGCAUGGACGCACGUACUGGUGGACGAGUUUCAAGACACCUCGCGAAUCCAGUUUUCGUUCGUCAAGGCUCUCUGCGGCACACAUGGGCGCAUCACCGUUGUGGGGGAUGACGACCAGGUGGGUGUGAGGGGGGUUGAUGACCAGGUGGGUGUGAGGGGGGUUGAUGACCAGGUGGGUGCGAGGGGGGUUGAUGACCAGGUGGGUGUGAGGGGGGUUGAUGACCAGGUGGGUGUGAGGGGGGUUGUUGACCAGGUGGGUGUGAGGGGGGUUGUUGACCAGGUGAAAUGUAUGGGGGGUGAUGGUCCCAGACACCUCCCACAUCCAAUUCGCGUUCGUCAAGGCUCUCUGCAGCACUCACGGGCGCAUCACUGUUGUGGGGGACGACGACCAGGUGGGUGUGAGGGCACAAUGAUCAGGGGCAAUGAGAAGGGGUGCGUGGGAUGGGAAUCGGUCGUCAAGGCUCACUGUCACUCACACGGGCGCAUCACUGUUGUGGGUGACGACGACCAGGUGCGGUUGAGGGGUGUGAUGACCGGUUCCUAA